UGGUCAUCAGUUCUCUUAUCACCAUCGAGCUGUUCACACGGAGCUUUGCUUGGCCAAGGCUCAAAUCUUCAUCAAAGUGAUCCAGGUGGAAAAAGUGAAAAUUUUCCUGGUCGCCAUCCGCUGGAGCAGUAGGCUGUGCGUGCGUGUGUGUGUGCGUGGGGAAAAGCUUCCUCUUGCGUUAGCAGUGUGAGUGGAAGCAACACUUGGUUUCCUCUCGCUCUGGGCUGGAGCGGGAGUGAGAGCCGCGGAGAGUAAAAGAGAGCGCGGGUUGGUCGUUCUCUCCCGCGUGGAAAGCGUGAUAAGAUUUCCCGACCAAACCAAAACAGAAUCCAAAACAACAUUUCCAUCAACACCACCACCAUCACCUCUCUUCACCCAUUUUUCCUGAGCAGCCGUUUACAGAAAAGCUACUAAGAUUGCAACAGCAAUAGAAAUAACAGCUAUGCCUGAAGUGUUGCCACUUUCUGGCAUGGCUGACGCCGAGCCGGACCUGUCGACGUUCGAGAACAAGUCCGGCCUGGCGGAGGAUAUGAAGUUUCUGGCGUCGAUGCCGGAACUGUGCGACGUGACCUUCCUGGUGGGGGAAACGCGCGAGCCGGUGUGCGCCGUGAAGGCCGUCCUGGCCGCCAGAUCACGCGUUUUCCAGAAAAUGCUCUACCAGGCUCCGUCACCGCAGCGCAAGAAAGAACCUCCUCCCAGGGAGAACAAACUGCGGCUGUUUCUGAAACGCUCGUCGGAACCACUGCUGAACCUGCAGAAUGCAGCCCAACAGCCGGCCGGCCAGCAGCACCAGACGCUGAUCAUCGAAGAGUUCGAGCCGGACGUGUUCCGCCAGCUCAUCGAGUACAUCCACACGGGCUGUGUCACGCUGCAGCCGCGGACGCUGCUGGGCGUCAUGAACGCGGCCGAUUACUACGGGCUGGAGGAGUUGCGCCGUGCCUGCGGUGGCUUUGUCCAGUGCUGCAUCAACGUGGACACCGUGUGCGCCCUGUUGGCUUCGGCCGAGCGGUACAUCCAGUACAAGUGCACCAAGAGUCUGGUGCAGAAGGUGCUGGAGUUUGUCGACGAGCACGGCAAUGAGGUGCUGAACUUGGGCAGUUUCACGCUGCUGCCGCAGCACGUGGUAAGGUUGAUCUUGGCCCGUGAGGAUCUGCGCGCGGAUGAGUUCACCAAGUUCCAGGCGGCACUCAUGUGGAGCAAGAAGUACUGUGACUCCAACUCGGAUCCGCUCAAGGAGGUGAUUGGGAACUUUCUGGAGUUUAUACAGUUCCACAAGAUUCCCGCCAAUGUGCUGAUGCGGGAGGUUCAUCCGCUGGGGAUCGUUCCGUACUCAAUCAUUAUGAAUGCGUUGGCCUUUCAGGCAGACCCAACAAGUGUGGACCCCGGAAAGCUCUCCCCCAACUCCAGUCGAUCAUCCAAAUCCCACCACCAUCACCAUCACUCGAAAUCACUCCCAAAGAUCCGCAAGGCCAAAUCCCAGAGUUUCCGAACCCGACGUAGUCCAUCGGAACGCAAGAGCCACGGUUCAUCCACACCGUGGAACUUUAAUGCCGAUCAACGCAAGAGUCCCGUAACAACGCUUCAGCAGCAGAUUCAACAACACAUCCCAAAAUCACCGGGAAGUACCUCGGCUCAUCUCGAGCACCGUAGUUCGAUCAGUUCUCAGAAAAGUCCAGCCCUGUCACGGCAGGGAACGCUCAGAUCGUCACAUCGGCGCAAGAGCAGUCUUGGUGCGUCGUUGAAUCUCAACCAGGGCCGACGCAGCCCAAUUGGUAUGCUGAAUGACCGAAGUCCCCAGGGACGGAAAAGCCCAAACCUUCUCAUCACCGACCAAAUGUACACUCAAAGUUUCCAGGUUCACCUGGACCGUCGAUCACCGACGGCAAUGUCCCUGUCCGGUAGACGGAGUCCGUCGGGGCUGCGAUCACCCUCGGGAUUGCGGUCACCCUCGGGAUUACGGUCCCCGUCCGGAUUCCGAUCCCCGUCAGGUUUGGCCAGUCCAUCCGAUCGACGCAGUCCGCUCGGAUUCAACCUCCAGACCGAGUAUUCCAACAUGCUGCAGAGUCAGAAUGAUCGUUUCAGUCCCAACUCCCUCAGCAGUCACUCAGCUCAGGAUCGUCGUAGUCCUACGACCCACUUGCCACCGGAACGCAGCAGAAGCCCAAUUGGGUUCCAGUCGCGGUACGGCAGCAGUUUCUACGGCGAUCGUUCGACUCGCACUAGUCCGACAACUCACACCAGCAUUCCACCGAUUACCAUCUCGAACCCAUCGGAGACGUACGACAUCGUACAGAAAUCGAUGAUCCCAGCACAAAGCCUCGGAACGUUCUCCGCUGAAACCGGAGGUACCGCUCGUACCGAUGUCUACCUCCUCCCACGGGGCCACAACGCCUGGUUCUGCUGGCUCAGGCUCGGCCACAGGGACACAAGAGAAGAAGGAAAAACUAGUGUGAUGCGAGAAAUUCUAGCAUUCGUACGGAAGCCCUCGAAGAAGGUCACCACGAGGACGAGCAAGUUUGCGGCCGCCUUCUCGAGGGCCGAGUCCGCCACGGGAGCUCCUUUGCUACGGCAGAGCACCUUCUCCAGCAUUCAAGCUUCAUCAAGUUGCGCCGGUCGCAACGCCAUCACGAAGCAAAUGUCGGAAAUUGGCUUUGAGCCGAUCAUGUCCUCGUUGAAGCUGAAGAGCGUCGGAUCCAAGAUGUCGCUUAAAUCGUUGCGGAAGUUUAGCACCGAAAAGCGGGACAAAAAGUCAAGCGGAGAUGAAAUAAGCGACAUUGAGAGCAGCGAUGGCGGGAAGUUGGAAUCGUCAGGAAGUCAACAGCAGGACGAAAGAUUUGAACUGGAGAACGUGCACUUUGAAAAGGUAGGUGAUUCGUACAUAAAACACGAUCAAAUCAAAGAAGAAGAGAGUCCUCGAAGUUCGCAAGAUAGUGGAGAUGCCGACGAUGGCAGACUGAAGAUCACACCCGUCAGCGAGAUCAAGAAAUCGUUGGAGGCACUGUUUACGCGGCAGGAACCGAUCGACGAAGCCGCUGAAGAUGCACGCAAGGACUCGGAGACGAUUCAGUGUCCAACGUUCGAGAUUGAGCCACCUUCGCGUAGGGCAUCGUUUGAUCCUCCACGCUCGCCGUACCUGGAAAACCUCCGAAGUUUGAGCGAUACCGAUCACGAAGGAACUCACCACAGCCGGCUGGAUUCCGGUGGGGACAGUUUCGAGCUGGUCGAUACGACGGAUCGUCGCGGUGAGAGUAGCGUCAGUGAUCGUCACUCGUCGAUGGACACCAGCUUCGACAUCAGCCGGUACCAUUCGACUAGCUACGAGGAUCAAAACUCUAGCUUCGAGCUGGUAGAGCUGGACAACUCUCAACGAACUUCAGCAAAAGAUGAUAAAAUCUCACCGUACGACAUACGGAAAUCCUCGAUCGAACUCGUUGACGCGGACACCUUUCAACGGUCGUACCCGGAAGGCCGCAAGUCUUCGCUGGAGACGCACUUUGAUCUCGCGGAAGGCUAUCAACCGACCAGCCCGCGCAGUGCGUUCACCGUAAUUCCAAAGGCUCGCAAGCAGAUCUCGGAACCGGGUAGAAACCGCGAUUAUCACACUCCCACCGGCAAGGCCGGUAUGAAGACUCACUACUCAGCGCCACACCGUGCCAAAUCUCCACUCUCGACUCAGACCUCAUCGAACUUUAGUUCACGGGACAGCUACGACUCGAUUUUCGAAUCGAUGCCCCACUGUGAAGUACGCAGCCCGUACUCGGAACGAGAGGGCAAGCAUCACUUUCCACUGCCUCCACGCAAGUUCUCCAACGAAUCUUCCUCGCGCUUCCUCUGUACCGACAAACGCUGUGCCUCAAUCUUCGAACCUCGCCCAGCUCGUCUUUCGUCGACCCACCUGGACACGUCCAGUGGGAGUGAGUUCGAGCCACCGUCGCCACGACGGGCGGCCAGCGCCUCACCCAAGCAUACCUUCACCUUCCGGAUCGUGCUGAAGAAGGUGGACAGCUCACCGGAUGCCAUCUGCCCGUCGGCGGAACGACGCAACCGCGAAAAGAUCGACAAGCACAAGAGGCGCGACAGCCGGCGCAAAAAGCUGCUCGAAAUCGGCAAAAGCUUCUAAGUAGGCGUCGCGCACACAUCAAAGUUGGCGCUGACUGGGAAUUUCCCAAAGCAAUGGAGAUUGCUCAAAAACACGCAUUUCGCGAUACAUUUAUUUCCUCGUGUUGGUAUUGUGCACAUUUCAUGAUUCAAAUCGUAAAAUUAUUAUUCAAAGUAUAUGCUAGAUGUUUUCCAAUCAAUGAGCUGGAUUGAAUAAAUCAGCAUCAUUUCACGUCCCCUUAUUUAACAUCACAUUUAAUAAAACACACAUAAUUCUCUAGUAUUCAAAGAGAGGCAAUAUUUUCCACUUUGUAUGGUGUCAUGUUUCAUAUAUUCACAAAAAAAUAUAAAGAACGGGAGGCUUUCGGUGAAAGACUUUACUAUCGAUCGGCAAUCAAUCUACAUUAUUCAAAAGAGAUCGCUCAAAGCUUCCCGAGAUCCAAUAAUUCUAAAUAUGACAAGUUUACAAUUUUAUCGUACAGUAUUUAUGAAGCAUGUUAUAACAUCAACUUUCACUGAGCGCAAAAUAUACGACAAAGAUUACAAUUUUAAACAAAUUUAACAGUACACAAAGUAAAACACAAAACCCUUACGAAAAAUAAAGUGUUCAGAAUAUACUAACAAAAACCGGGUAAGACUCACGAGCAGCAGCAGCAGCAAAGCGUAGCAUCAUUACACUAGCAAAACAAAAAGAAGCAAAACAAAAUCAUAUUGUUGUACUAAUCAGAGUGAAGAAGACAUGUUAUCCUCCUCGAAACCGAUGGCUGUCCUGUGCAAACAGAAAAGAAGUAGUAAAAUUCGUUAUCAAAUCGUACAGUUUCUGAAAAGGGUUUAAAUCUCCUGUUUAAAACUAAUGUGCACUUUAUUCAUCUAAUGAAAAAAAAAAAAGUAGUAAAACAGUUAUUCUAUAACACAAACACGAGAAAGGACAUUGAAAUAUCAAUUUCGGACAUCAAACAGCAUCAUCACCAUCAUCACAAUCGCAGUAGGCAUUGAGUGAAUUUGUUUGGUUGAGGGUUUCUGUGGAAACAGACUAUGUUUCACACACACACAAACACGUCAGCAGAGGAAAUUUGGCGACAAAAACGGGGAUCAAAACUUCAUGGACCACGCACUACAAUCAAAAGCAAGAUAUCAAAAAAGAUAACAAAAAAAAAAAAACAACUUACUUAUCUGUAAACUCAACACUUAAUUUUACACUCGAGUUCGUCUCCCGUGGGAGUGGGUGGGUACAUCCUUUGCCCGCUGGGUGACGACGAAACAAUGCUGGACAAUGGGGCCGUACCGAAAAAAUAGCUAGUAAAACCAAGCAGGAAAAUCGCAUUUAUUGUUCCCUUGCGUGAUAGCUUAAAACAAAAAUCAUCCAACCUAACACAGCUUGCACUUGCUGGAAUGAAACGCAAAAGUUUAAAAAAGAUGUUUGUUUUCUAUGUCUAUCGAUAACCAUCCAAGUAUGCUAUCUGUUGUUUCGCCCCAAGAACAAAACCAAAAAAAGCGUAGCCUCCUCCGACUGUGUCGUUUAUGUGCCAACCAGAGUUACUCGUUGAUGUUUUAUCGGCAGCAAGAAAUGAGAUCAAUGUCCUUUUAAGUAAUCUUAACCAAAACCAAAACAAAUUGUGGCAUGAUAUAAAAUAUACAGAAAAACAAAAGUAUUAAUCAAACAAAGUCAGCUCCUCAAUGAGAAACCAGAAAACAUCAGUGACAAAUCUAAGUGUGAAUUUCAAAAAAAAAAAACAUGAGAUGAUGGAUAAUUGUUGAAUGACCUUAUUUACAAACCAAAAGACGACACAGAGCAAGUCAUGAAGCCGAUUAUAUCGAUUAUUACCAUUCCCUAAAGUGACAUUAUUCUAUACUGAAAUAAAACAAAAGAAAAAUACAAAUACAUUCAUAAGCAAAUAGAUGGAUCUUAAAUGGCGGGAUUAUGAACCUGGAGAGAGACACAAAUGUUGCGAAUAUUAAAUGAAACAGUAAAAGUCUUUAUUCCACACACAUCCAAUAUUCGGUGUAUGUUGAUUGAAAAACCUA